UACAAACAAGCCUGAAUGCGCGGUCUGUUCAUCCAACGAGAGAAGAGUGGGGUUGUGUUUAGGAACAAUCCUGCAAAUAAUCCAAGAGGUGAAAUUCUUUCAAUAUGCACUUUGAAAUCCGAUUCAACUGAUAACAAUAGACCCACAAUAUCAAAUCAGAUAUCUGCUUAUCAUUUUUCUCCGGGCGGUUAUAAAUUGUACUUUGCAUUAAAUUCAGGUGAUUUAUACUGUUUGGACUUUGCGAAGAACUGGUAUCAAUUAAUAGCUUCGUUGAAUCGGGGUAUUACAUAUAUAUGUUCAUGCGAACGACGUGGAUAUGUCCUUCUGGGUUUGAAUGAUAACAGCAUCAGAAUCUUAGACGAGGAGUCCGGAAAAGAGACUAAUUCUUUGAAUGGUCACACGUACAGAAUCUCUAAUAUAUCAGUUCAACCAGUUUCUGGUCGUUAUGGAUUAUCUACUGCCCUGAGUGAAACAAUAUUAUGGGAUCUCGACACUAGUACAUGUCGUUGCAGGUUGCAUAUUGGCCAAAAAGUGAACAUGGUAUCAGUAACUUUCAUUCCACCUCGCGGUGAGCAAAUUAUAUCCUGUUUUCAAGAUGGAUCCAUUUAUGUUUGGAGUACAGAUUCUCUUCAGUGUUUGUUAAGGCUUAGUAACAGUGAUUAUCCAAAUCAACUGUAUAGAACAAUUGCAUUUACCAGCAACGGUCAUUAUUUGUUUGCAGCUGGUCGUUCACCAUUUAUCUACUUAUGGGAUUUAAAAGGAUAUGUAAACUGUUUAAGUCAAGACAGUCCAGAUAUAGAUGGUUCAAAUUCAAAUAAUCGGUUUUUACGAGAGUUAAUUAAACUUCCUGAACCAAUUAAAUCAGUUCGUCGAAUUGAAUGGAUCCCUAAAUCUUGUUUGGUUGAUUUUAACCAGUUUUACCAUGAUUCUAUGAUAUGUGAUGAGUUAUCGGGUCUACUACUAUUACUCGGUACUGAUAAACGUUUACGUCUUUUGAUACGAACCCGUGAAAAUUCUAGAAAAUCAUUAGCUUGCACAGAAAAUUUGCCAAAUCAUCAACUACCAAAGAACUCAACUUCUAUCUAUUGGAAAUGCUUGUUUACGUUUGGAUGUGGUUCAUUAGAAGACCCACUGUUAUCAUCAUUUAGUUUACCGGCUUACAGUAUUUUAGAUCUCUCUGAUUACCAGGGAAAAGAACGAAAUAUAUCUUUCAGUUGUCAUUCACUAUUGGCUAUUCUUGAUGAACAUGGCUUAUUACACAUAAAUGAUCUUUCAAUAGUAUUAAACUUCCUCAAUAGUUCAUCAAUACCUGUAAUUAAAGUGAAAAAUGAGAUUUCAAACGAAAAGUCUUCCCUCAAGCACAUAGAAAACAAUACGAGAAACGACUUUCCAACUUUUAAAAUGUCUACAAGUUAUAAUAAACAUAUGUGUACGACAGAUUCAGGUUCAUUACACAAAAGAAACCCUACCAAUGGUUUUUUGGAUCUCAAACGUUUACGUUUAUUACUUAGAGAAUUUGGGAAAUUUCCAAAUAAAUAUCGGUUAUUCAUUUGGCGUUCCAUUUUGCAAAUCCCAUGUAAUACCCAAGCUUUUAGCAUUCUACAAAAGAAAGGUAUUCAUCCAGCUUAUGAUUUAUUAUCUACGCGUUAUCCUAUGCGGAGUCAAAGAUUGUUGAAAGCCUUGCAAAAAACUUGUUCAGCAUUGGCUUAUUGGUGUCCAUUAUUUGGUGAAACAGAUUGGUUACCGUUGUUUGUUUUUCCUUUUCUAAAAUUACAUCAGAAUAAUCUGUUGCAUGCAUUUGAAGUUGCAUCUACAGUACUGAUCAAUUGGUGCGGUACUUGGUUCGAAUUUUUUCCAAAUCCCCCAAUUAAUAUUCUUUGCAUGAUUGAAAAUAUUAUCGCUUACGCGGAUCCAGAAUUGUAUCGUCAUUUUGUGCAAUAUAACAUUACGACCGAGAUUUAUGCUUGGCCGCUUCUGCAAACUGGUCUAAGUGAAGUAUUUAAUGAAGAUGAAUGGUUGUGUCUCUGGGAUUCAUUAAUAUGUUAUUCACCUAGUCUAUUACUUGCUGUAGUUGCAAGCUAUUCUAUCUGCGCUCGAGGACCACUUCUUAUGGUUCAGAAUACUGAUACAUUUGAAGCAUACUACCAUAGUCAAAGUACUUUACCAAUAUCAAAUAUUAUUGAGCGUGCUCAUCAAUUACUCACUUCAAUACCUUCAGAUAUACAUCCAGAGAGAUUAUUGUCUUCGCUUAUACAAACGGAUACUCAAAAUAAAAACAAAAAUACUUGCCCAUCUUUUCAACCACUGACAAGUCCAUACUAUCCAAUUAUCACUCGUUAUCCUAAAUUCAUUGUAAAUUACCAUAUACAAGAACGUGAACGUAUACGAGAGGAAGAAAAUGAAUAUCUCAGGCAAAAAGCUACUGUCGAAGAUAUGCAACGUCGAGCUCAAUUGAUGACAAAUGAAGAACACAAUUGUGUAAAUUUGUCGUAUUAACCCUACAUAAUGGAUUUGUGCUUCAACUGGAUGCUAACAAAAUUGAUGAUCGUUCGGAAAUCACAAAAAGCUACUCGUAUAAUUGUUGAGGUGGUAUUUUAUUGCCGACCUGAGUAAUGUCGUGUAAUCGCGAACCUUUGGUGUUUUUUUGGAACGUCACGCAUGAUCUCGUAACAUUUUACCGACAGUUUCAGCCUUAAAAUUCAUUGUUCUUUAUUUUUUCCAGGUAUCGCCAGCAGCAGUUACUUUUAGAUGCUGAAGAUCAUCGAAGGACGUUAUUAGCUGAAGAAGAAAAUAAGCUACGUGAACAACGUAAAAGAUUAAGUGCAUUAAUUCGCGAAGUGAAAUUACAUGAAUUAAGCAUAGCUGAAGAAUCUCGUUGUCAUUUUAGACAACUGGAUAUUCGACGUCGCCAAUGUGAAUUAAACAAGCUAGAGCAAGAAUUAACUCGAUUGACUAAUUGCCGUAUCGAUGAAAUAGAUGCAGCUGCUUACGCUACAGAAUUAGCUGACUUACGUGAAAAACUACACAAGAGGCGUGCAGAAACUUUAGCUAUCAUAAAUGAACAGCUACAAUCACGUGACAGAAAUCAACCACCAAACAAAGAAUGUCUUUUUUUAACAAGCUCUCCAGAUAUCAAUGAUUUAAUUACAGAUGAUAGAUAUCUUGAGAGAAAUGUUAAUAAAAUUUAUUCAGACAGUCCUGACUAUGUGAACACACCAAUUGAUUCUGAUGUGGUAAAGUCAAACCUAAAACGUAACAGUUCGUAUAAUAAGGUAAUAAUUUACAUUUGUGAAGUGUGGUUAUCGUUUAAAAUUAACUUUAUUUACCUCAAAUGUUAGACUUCUGUUCUAUUUAUGUUCUCUCUCUUUAGUGUUCAUCGAAUUCUGUAAAUCAAGUUUCAUUGUGACCACUAUUCUAGGUGACUCAACAUCUCAUGUAGUAUGUUGAGAUGUAAAGUAGUGUUGUUCGAAGUAACAGACUACCUCCAUCUUAUACUGUUUGUUUUCUGUUUUCUAUCAUGAAAUCAUUGUAUUAUUAUGUUCUAAAUACACUCCGAUUUUAGGACUUGGACGUUUCUUAUGGAAAUAAAAGCAUUGUAUAGCGCUGAUAAAAACUAAUGCUUUCAUCGGCUUAGAAAGUUCGAUAGUUCAAAUGCAGUUGUCCUGGUAACAUAAUGUCGUAAUUUUUUUAUCUGAUUCACAUUAUUGAGAUGUCUACGUUACGAAGUCAGUAAUCCAUAGAAACUUUGCCACUUUUUAAUAUUUUCGUUUUUGGAUUUUUAUUGUUUUGCACUAUUAUCAUAUGGAUAACACUUGAAAAAGUCAUUUCAUUAUGACACGUUCAGCUAGGAUUCAUUUCUCAACCAGUUGGUUUUCUCUUCUUGUCAUACCAAGUAAAAAUUUAUUGUCCCAAAUCUAAAUAAAGAUUACCUCUGUAUCAAAACCAUCAACCGUUCAUUAUGAUCGAAAAUUUCUUACAUGUUAGUGAUUGGAACAUAACCAGUUGAUUUUUUUUUCACUGUCAACAAUACUUACUAUAAUAAUAAUAGAAUUUACAUAAUUAAUCGUACUUAUUGCUUCUUUAUGUGGUUAUUACAGCUCAACGCAAUGACAAUGUUCCCCUUUACUUCGACCAAACUCGGACCACAAACUGUCAAUUAACUCCACUAUGAAAUCUAUUCUCAUGUUACUUACUUUUGGAAAUUGUCGUGAAUGAUCAAGAAACAUUUAUCUCUGUUCCAGUCAUUUCCAAACUUCGCUAUAGUCGAGAUAGCAUUAAUAACUAAUAUUCUUGUUUCAAGUGUGUUAAUAUUUUCACACCAUAUUUACAUAACGAUGUGUUCAUCAGUAACUCAAAUUGUUCGACGUUUCUCUAUCCUCUUAAAAAUGUAUAAAUAUAAAUAGCUUUUUAACUGAA